CAGGACUUUAACCCUUUAAAUGUCCAUUUAAUGAUCUGAAAUAUUACUGAUUUAUUUCAAAAAACACCAAAAAUUCAUUGGUUCUUUUAAAUAAACAGUAGGGGGUGGGGCUUUGGUGGUUACAAGUGAGCGGUGCAGGUGCAGACGUUAAUAUAGACGUGAGUUCAACUAGAGAACCAUAAAUAAUAGACAGUACAUAAACGGACCUGACAUCAGCUUCUGCUGCGUCCAUUAAACUGACUGAUGCUUCAUGUCAUCAACACUAACGUGGACAUUUGAACAAACGCAGAUCUGCAUCUUCUAGUUUUGAACCCGAUUCUGAGGACGCCUUCAUUGGAGUAAACAUCUGGACUAUAUGUUGGACUUUAACCCGGGCUUUAAGUCCUGAUGGAGGUUUGUUCUUCUGUGGUGGAAGUUCUACUUCUUGAAUGUCUCGUGACCAAAUAAGGAGAAGUUUUACAUUUUGUCAGAUGUUCUGACUGUGAACUUGAACUUUGAAAUCCAGGUGAUUGUGACAUCGUCCACACCCGUUGAUUCGUCUGCAGAUUAGUCACAUUGAAGACGGAACACUGGAACCCAAAGGGAAGUGGUUUUCUAAAGAACGCCCUGAACGCCCUGAAGCUGGACCACAAAGCCCCGCCCACCAACCUCUGGUCUUUAAUAGGAGAACAUGGGACAUCAGAUCUUCAGUGUCUCUGCAGUGGAAACUAAACAUCAUCAUGGGCAACUGCGAGACAUCCCAAUUCACCGCCAUUUACGGAGGAAAUACAAUCUACGGUCAUGGAAACAUUGCCAUCGUCAACUACAACACGACCAUCAACCUUCGUUUGAGGAGAUCCGCCGGCUUCUGUCCUCCAUCCAAUGAGGAGUUCUCGGUGCAGACCCUGGACACCUGUCUGCUUGACUACCUGUCCACCGUGCGCUCCCUGGAGGACGCCAACGCCGAGCUGGAGCUGAAGAUCAGGCAGUGGGUGGAGAGCAGUGGAGACUCCGCCUCCAGAGACUACACCACCUGCUUCCAAACCAUCUCCAUCAUCAGGUCCAAGAUCCAGACCGCCGUCCAGGUGUACGGAUCCAUGGGUGACGCCCAGACGGCUGAUGAACCCCUCAAGAACAAGAGUGAGAAGGAGCUGGCGGCGCUGCAGUCGCUGGAGGCCGACGUCGCCGAACUGAAGAUGAUCCUGGACCAGCUGACACAGACCAGAUCCGACAUGAAGACGCAGAUCCAGGGUCUGGAGGAGGAGCUGAAGAUCCUCAAGAAGAACAACCAGGAGGUGGACCUCACCAAGGCCAUGGCCCAGAACGCACAACUCCACGACACCAUCUACUCCAAAAACCAGAAGGACCUGGAGGCCUACCAGGCCAAGACCCAGGUUCUGAAGAACAAGGUGGUGGUCGGCAUCCGGACCCUGCAGAUGUCCGGGUCUGAAGUCACCCAGGUCCAGUCUACUCUGCAGUCUCUGGAGACCCAACUGCAGUCCACGUUGGACACGGAAGUGUUGGAGGGAACUCUGGCUGAAACCCUGAGCCAGUACGGGGGGCAGCUCAGCGGAUACCUGACCCAGGUGACCAUUCUGGAGGAGCAGCUGGUCCAGCUCAGGUUGGACCUGGAUCUUCAGGACUAUGAGUACAAGAAGCUGCUGGACACCAACAUCCAUCUGGAGUCGGAGGUCGCUGAGUACAAAAGGCUUCAGGGCUGAAACAGCGUCUGCAGCUCCACAAAGACCCAGGAGGAGGUGGUCUGUGGGUAGGUGGUCUCCUCCACUGCCUCCACGCCCACUACCGGCACCGACAGCCAAUCAGCGGUGGCAUCUGAG